UCAUUCAACAUAGACCCGUGUUUGUACUUUAAUAUUUUCUCAAGUAUUGUAUUCUAACCUCACAUUUAUUUCGGAUUUGUUGAACGAAAUAUAGUGUCACGCCAGAAGUAUGGAAGAUGCAGCUCCAACAGUGUUAGAGAUCUCCUUUAAGACUUUAUACGAAAAAUGUUUGUUGUUCGUUUAAAAGAGUGUCGGUGGGCCACAGAACAUUGGGGGCAUUGUGUGUGAGGUUUAAAAUUUAACUUACUGCUAUGGAGCUAAAGUAAAUAACAUGGGAUGUUGGUUUUAAAUGAUAUACUGUCUAAAAUAAAGGGAAUAUUCUUCUGUAUAUUAAACAGAACUGGCAACAUGAAUUUAGAGUGCUUAUCAAUUACUGCUUAUCUUUGACGAAUGAGAGAUAAAAAAUGACUGAGUCAUGUGUACGAGAGUUGAAGAUUCAGACUCCCACAUUGAAGCAUUUCAUCAGGGAGGUGCAGAAACAUGGAAACAUCUUCAUGUUGAAUGACCUAUAUGCACAUGAUCAGAAACAGCACAAUGAAAUUAUUUUGGGAGUAAUAUGUCACAUCUCCAGUGUGAUUAAAAACCAUGAUAGACAGCUGUUAGUAAUAUAUCUGCAUGAAGUUACUGUUGACUGCCAGAAAGGAAAAUUGUUCAAUGUGUAUGCAUUCAACAAGUUUGCCACGUCACUGGCAGAUGCUCGUUUGCAGAAAGGUGAUUUUGCUGCCUUCCGUUCAGCAUAUAUAGAGGAGAACACAAAAUAUCGUGUUGAAAUUGAUUGCCAUGACUUGCAGGCACGCAUGGGCAUACCUCCACGGCCAGGUGCAAAGGUCUUCUUCAUAAGAAAGUCCCGUAUGACAAAUUUUAGAAAUUCUCAGAGACUUUCACCAGUAAGAUGUCUGUCUCCAUAUGCCUCCCUGAAAAGACUUCCAAACACCAUCAAUAGUGGAGACCCUGCUAGCACCUUUGAUAGAGGACCCUCUCCAAGCCUCAUUGUAACUUCGUGUAACUCAAGAAGUGUUUCACCACUUUCAGACAUCUCAGAUACAAUUAAAGUAAACAGUACCUCACCUAGAGUUUCAUCAGAUUAUCCAUUACCUACAUAUUCAUCAGUUGGCAAUGCCUCACCUGCAGUUUCUCCAGAUUUCUCUUCAGUCAGAGUUAUGCAGCCUCACGGUUCCUUGGGUGAAAAUGCAGUGCGUUUGCAGAACACAAAAAUAACAUACACAUACAAGAAGAUUUCUGAAUUGGUGGAACCAGAGCAGAAAGUUAAUGUGUAUGGAGUGGUUUCCAGCAUUACAAAGAUGCCCACAGAAUCUACUAAGCAUGCGAUUGUUAGGCUGAGGGAUGAGACUUGUAGACCUACCCAGGAUUUUCGGGUACAUAUCUUCUUCAAAUGUGAACAAGCUUUUCCUAAACUGGAAUGUGGUUAUAUUCUGAGGCUUCAUAGAAUGAAGACAGAACUAUUCAAUGGAGUGCUGGAUGGUCGUGUAUUCAGUACAUCAGAUAUUGUGACCUUUCCACCAGAAGGUCAAGGGUUAAAAAAUGCAUUUUCAACAGCUGGCAGUUUUCAUUUUUGUGAUUCAGAUGCAAGAUGUUUGACUGAGCUUCGCAGAUGGUUUGCAUCACAAAAUCAGGAACUGACAGCAUCCACCCCUGUACCAGCUACUGUUAAUUCUACAGCACCUCUCUCACCACAAGUUGUAGACUUGGCAUCAGACCCAACAACGAUGGCUAAUGUACACCAGUCAGACAGGCCUUCUCUCAUGACAGCGGAAGUGCCUGAUACAGAUCAGGUUGUUGUGAGUUCAGAACCAACUGCAACUCUGCUGAGUGAAAUAAAGAAAGAAGGAAGCUAUAAUCUAGUUUGCAAGGUACUCAAAGUUGAGAUCCUGUCAGACGAGAUGCUGAUCCUAAAAGUGACAGAUGGCACGUUGUGCACAUUCUCUGUAUGUUUUGAUAAAAACAGUGAUACACAAGAAGAGGCAUAUGCAAGCCGUGAAGUAAGGAUCCUUGUCUUGGAUCCUCCUCUGAAACUGAAACAGGUCAAGAAAGGUUCUUUUGUAGAGCUGAAAAACGUGAAAGUGGAAUUGAUCUCCGUUCCACAAUUUAAAAGGCCUAUAUUAAGCUUCAAGCUGAUUGGAAAUGAUAAUUCUGUUAACAUUUGCAAGGGACUUGAGUCAAAGGCAGUGACAUUGAGAAGGAGGUUGAAGGCUGUGCAAUUGAAACUGCAGCAUCAUAAUAAGUAUGUUGAAUUACAGAUCAGAAAACUAGCACCUGAAUGUCAUAAAAGACAGCAGCCAGGAGAUUGUGCUUGUCCAUCAUCAUCAUCUUUAUUGUCCUUAUUGUCGUCAUCAGAUUCGGACAGUCCCCAUACAAAUACAGAAUAUGAUUCUGAAAUAGAUUGUGGUACAGAAAGUGAGAACAGAAGUACAAAUGUAAUUAAGGAAAUUGAAAAAUCUGUUUCUAGACCAGUAAGCAGUGUGUCAAGGAAGAGACAUAUGUCCCAUGAAGAUGUAAGAUUUGGAAGUGGGCAUAAAUUAAAAAAAAUAAUGAGUGAGGAUUUAGAUUCACAAAGAAUGGUGGGCAUAGGUGUUGCUGAUACUCAGACAAAUGAUGAAGCACCUGCACAAAUAGAAGUAUUUACUAAUAAUACUGACAAUUCUGAACUUCUGUUAAAUGUUGACCAAUCACAUUCAGGUAGUAUGUCACAGAUUUCAGGAAUUCAGAGACAGACAAUUUCAAAACAAACCAGUUUACAUUCAAAUAAUCUGGAACUGACAAAUUCCAAAUCUUUGUCUGUAAUGAGUAAACAAGAUACAAAUCAUGCAGUGUCAUGUAAACAGUUUAAAAAAUUUGAUGUGCAGAGUGGGGCACAUGGUAUUAAAUCUGUACCACCUCCAUCUUCAAAGAAGCCAAAUUCAUCUGAAAAUUCGGGUCAUAAUACAUCUUCAACUUCUGUGACUUCAUCUAAAGAUCAGUUCAUGUCAGCUGUAUCAUCACCAUUACAUUCAUCACCAAUUCUAAAACAGUGUACUGUAAAUAAACAAGGGUCUAGAAUAGUUACAUCUGCACAGCAAGAGGGAAAUGUGUGUCUGCCUUCAACAAGUAAACAGCAGAUUUCUCUGCAUCAGACAAAAGAUAUGAUUGAGUCAGCACAGAAAUUACAACAAAGUAUAACUUUUCCUCUUUCACUGUCUAACACCAAUGGCACUACCUUUUCUAAAAAACUUGUAUCCAUGUUGCUAAAUGACCUUGGAAAAGCAGUGAUAGUAAGACACUGUACAUCAGGGAAAGCACAUGAUAGUUUAGAACAAGGUUCAAAUGUGCAGGGUCAAAGAAGUCGGGCAGUUACUCCCACAUCAGCUAUUCCCGAUAGCAGUUCCUUUCAUUGUGGAUUUCAGUCAAAUGAUGAUCUAGUGGACAAUUCAGUGAGGAGUCUGUCAGGGAUGAUUGUGCGUAAUGAUUUGAAUACAGAACCCUCAAACUCUGUUUCUUCUCCUGUCAUUUUAGAUAAUGUUUCACAGAAUAGUUCCAGAAUUGCUUCUGUUCCUUUGGCACACAAGGGAAAGAUGGAUAACAAAGUUGCAGCUAGCAAGGACACAUUAUCAGGAAUUAUAUCGGUUGAUAAUGGUAAAAAUAAAUCUGAAUUCAAACUAUUGCAUGUGGAAAUGAGCAGGGGAGAUGAUUUUGUUUGUGUAGCACAACAUCCUGUACAGGAAAAUGAUCAGUCAAAUUCUAAGGAUUAUGCAGAGGUUCGAAACACACCACCACCCUUGACAUCAGUUGGUGAUCGUAACUGUUGGUCACUGCAGAAAUCAGUGGCAGAACAAAAUAUUUCUAAUACAUCACAAUUUCCUCUUUCGGAAAAGAUUUCUGAUUUCUCUGGCAACAGUAAUUGCAAAGAACAGCACUCAGAACAUUCUGUAGUAUCUGAACAAAGUAUGCAACAGGAUUAUAUAGCAGGAAGUAUGUUUCAUAAAGAUGAUGCACAAGAACGGGUUGAUGAAAUAAAUGAAAUGUAUGACCAAUUUGCUAAUGCCAUACAGACAAGAAGUGGUGCCCAGUAUUAUACUAGCACACAGUCCAGUGGCAGCCAGAAUAUGACUCCUGUUUUUAAUGCAGACUCUUCAAGAGGUGAUGAACUGAGUGACACAGAAUCUGUGGCUUCUGAAGUAAUUCCUGCAAGUGAAGUGGAUGAUCUAGAUUUAUCUGACAAAUUCUCUGCACUCAAGCAAGCAUGUGUGACAAGCAGUUUGCCAUCAAGUAACCAAGAUAUUGAAGAUUUGCUUUUUGUAGAUGAUAUUGGUUCUGGUGUCUCAUCCUCAGUUACCAAGAAUAAUGGUGGAAUAGCAGAGGGGGGUCACAUAUUUGAGGAAAACAAAAGUGGAUCUGAAGUAAAAGAGGACUGUAUUGCACAAGGUGAUAGAAGAUGUCGUGUCCUAAGUGAUAAACACACAACUGAAGAUGAACAUAUGGGACUGUCUUCUGCAGAAUUGGACAAUGACACCAUUGAAUACAAAGUGGUGUUUGCCUCAGGCAUUAAUGCAAUGCCAGGAAUUCUUAAAGCAAACAUCUCCUACAUCAAGAAAAAGAGGAUAACAAGAAAUCAACAAGUGUACUUGCUGAAAGCAUGGGUGAAGGAUGUUGAACCUCCCAUACAUAGUGGCUCAAAAACAGAUAUUAUCACUGGCUUUUGUAAGAGCUGUACUCAGAUGCAGAGUUAUGAAGCACUGGUGAAGAGAGCAGGAACUAAUCAGCCGUUAUGUGGACAUUGUUUCAAAACAGGGAAGAAAAAUCCUGUUGUACUGGCAUUUCUACUGCGACUGUAUCUCAUAGAUGAAAAUGAUGAUGAACUAAUUGUUACAGUCUCUGCGCAUCAUGGUGUUGAAUUGUUAGGUUGCCCUAUUAAUGCUUAUCUCAGUGAUAGCAUGGCCCAAAGAAGAGUGAGACAGAUACUGACUAAACUGAUAGAGAAGAACAAAAAUGUGCCUGUGCAUUCCCGGGGUCCAAUGCUCAAGCUUUUGAUUAUGCCAGUGCACACCUCAGAGGGCACAGAAUACCUAGUCCAUAACACAUAUCUCUUUAGCUGUUAGAAUUCAGAAUAAUGCAGGUGGUAUUGUGAAAUUGUAGUACAUUUAUAGACCUGUUACAGAAGUGGUACUCACUUUUUGACCAUUACUCACUCACUAGUUUAAGGAAAUGUAUAUAAAGUUUUUGCAGCACAACAUUUUCAUUUUUUGGAAAGUGUAUUAUACAGAUAUAUGCAUUUGUAAUCGUUUGUUAUUUCAGAUACAUGGUGUCAGUAUCCCACAAUAAAUUACAGCAAAAACUUAUAAAUUUUGUCUGUAAUUUCAUAUAGGGUAUUUCCAUUUAUUGGCAGUUGACAGGCUAAAUAAAGAAGCAAUGAUAUAAAUAAUAUUUGUCUAUACAACUUUUAUUUUAAUUUUAUUCUUUUUCACAAUACAACAAAAUAUUUUGGUCUAACUUAGACCAUCUUCAGGUGGUAUGCAAAGUUUUUAUUGAACUCUGUGUGGCUUAUGAUAUAUUAAUAUUUAAAUUAUGAAUUAUAAAACCAAUACAUAACAUAUAUGCUGUACAUUAGGUCUGUUGUUAAAAUGUAAAACUUUAGAAAAUAAUUGGUUACAAUAUUUUAUUAUCUAAGAGCAAAAUUACAUUAAAUAAAUAGGUUAGUAUGCAAAGAAUACCUUAUCAGUCCUAUAAGGAACCUGGAAGGGUAUGCUUUUUAUAGUAAUUAAAUUAUUUAAUUUUAAUGCAGUUCUUGGUUAGACUUAAACAUGCACUGGUGUUGUGAAAAAGAGUAAGAUAUUUAAAUAAACAUUAUUUAUAUCAAUACUUUAUUGUAGCUAUUACUUAGGUAUGUAAAUAGCUUUUAACUUUAUUAAAGAUGGAAACAAAAUAUA